UAUAAAAUAAAUUUGUUACAUUGAAAUAUUUAUUCAGGAACUAAUCCGGAGUCAAAAUAUUUUUUUAACAUUUGUUGGUGGGGGAACGAGAACAUAAAAGUCUCAACUUUUACAAGUGAUCAAAAUUGUGAAGUGGAACAUUUCUUUUUCCAAAGUAGUAUCUUUUCAAGUAGAGAGCAAAGUAAGCUGUGCAGUGGUUUGUUGAGAAUGGAGGAGAAGCCCCAUAUCCAAAUUCCAAGAGUACGACUUGGCAGUCAGGGACUGGAGGUUUCAAGAUUAGGCUUUGGAUGUGGUGGACUUUCUGGAAUGCUAAAUGCUCCUUUAUCGCAUGAUGCUGGAUGCUCUGUUAUAAAGGAAGCUUUUCAAAGGGGUAUAACCUUCUUUGAUACUGCAGAUAUGUACGGAGAUAACCAUGAUAACGAGAUCAUGGUUGGCAAGGCUCUGAAGCUGCUUGGUAGGGAGAAAAUUCAACUAGCUACAAAAUUUGGUAUUACUAAAUUAGAGGAAGGUCAAUUUGGUGUCAAGGGCACCCCUGAAUAUGUGCGGCAAUGCUGUGAAGCCAGUCUUAAGUAUCUUGAUGUGGACUAUAUUGAUCUGUACUAUCAGCACCGUGUGGACACGUCAGUGCCAAUAGAGGAAACCAUGGAGGAGCUGAAGAAGCUGGUGGAGGAAGGAAAAAUAAAAUACAUUGGGUUAUCAGAACCUAGUGUAGACACAAUAAGAAGAGCUCAUGCAAUUCAUCCCAUCACUGCCUUACAAAUGGAGUAUUCUCUUUGGACCCGUGAUAUCGAAGAUGAGAUAGUUCCACUCUGCAGAGAGCUUGGCAUUGGGAUAGUGGCAUAUAGCCCUCUUGGACAUGGAUUCUUUGCUGGGAAAGCAAUCGUUGAGAGCUUGCCUAGUGAGAGUUUUCUGGCUAUACAUCCAAGGUUCAUGGGGGAGAACUUAGAGAAGAACAAACUUCUAUAUGCACGGCUUGCCAACCUGGCUGCAAAGCAUGCUUGCACUCUGCCUCAGCUAGCUCUGGCCUGGCUUCUCCAUCUGGGAGAUGAUAUAAUCCCAAUCCCUGGGACAACUAAAGUUAAGAAUCUUGAUAACAACAUUGGAUCCUUGGCAGUGAAACUUACACAAGAGGAUUUGAAAGAAAUUGGUGAUGCUGUGCCCAUUAAUGAAGUCGGUGGUGAAAGAGAUCUGGCCAUUUUAUCAAAGUAUAACUGGAAGAAUGCAAAUACCCCAUCAAAGUGAUUGCAAAUUGUAGAUAUGAAAACUAAAGCACAAACCACUGAAGGGAAACAUCAAUUCUCUGUUGUCCUGUUGUCUAUGUUUGCUUGGGAGAAAUAAUGAGUAGAGGAUGUAAAUAUAUCCUUAUUAUGAAUAACCUUGUCCUAUGCUGAGGUAACACAUCACAAACUUCCUCAUCAGUGGAUUAAUUAAUCACUAUGCUUUGUGUUAUCA